CGGACCACGAGAAGACCAAAUCGAUCGAUUCAGCAUGUUACUGGUCAUUGAUCAUCAAUCUAUCUACGUAAAGUGAACCAACUUGACAAUCAAUUUAGGCUUUUAUAUUAUAUAUAUAUCUAUCUAUCUUUACUUUGUUGGAUUAUGGCUCAAGGAUUGAAGAAACGCCGCGUCUCCCUCCAUUCCAAGUCUCUUUGGAUUCUUUGCGUUAAAUUCUAGCCCUUUCUCAUCAUGCCCAAUUUCAGGCACACAGUUGUUAUGAUCUCCAUGCGCCAAUAUCGAAUCCUGAGGAGGAAGAUGACCAUGAUGCCAUUGAGGUUCUUGGGCUUCUUCAGCCUCGCCUUCUCCUUCUCCUCCUCCUCCUCCUUCAGCUAGCUAAAGCUUCUUCCCUUCCUCGAUCUCGAUGGCCUUUUGCUUUCCAAUCGUGACCUUGUGGCUCGGGAGGAGGAGGCAGAGUAGCUCGGGCAUGGCCCUCCCUUCAUCAUCAUCAUCAUCCUCGCCGCCGCCGCCUCCUCCCCCUGGCUCGUCCUCCUCCCGGUGGCCGGCGAGAAGGAAACCGUUGCUGCCGGAGAUGGAGAUCAUGGAGAAGAGGAGGUGGGACAGUUUGGAGUCCUGGUCCAUGCUCCUUGACCCUAGCAAUGGAGAUCAGGGUUACAAUAACUUGGAGGGCGCCGGCGGGAAGAGGGAGGAGUGGAUGGCCGACCUCUCGCAACUCUUCCUCGGCAACAAAUUUGCUUCAGGAUCAAACAGCAGGAUCUACAGAGGGAUCUACAAACAGAGAGCCGUGGCGAUAAAGUUAGUGAAGAUCCCAGAGCAGGACGAGCAGAAGAAGGCAGUCUUGGAGAAGCAGUUCAACUCAGAGGUCGCCUUCCUCUCCAGGCUCUACCAUCCAAACAUCGUCCAGUUCAUAGCAGCUUGCAGGAAGCCCCCGGUGUACUGCAUCAUCACAGAGUACAUGUCGCAGGGGACUCUGCGGAUGUACCUCCACAAGAAGGAGCCCUACUCGCUGUCGACGGAGACGAUCUUGAGGUUAGCGCUCGACAUCUCCAGGGGGAUGCAGUACCUGCACUCCCAAGGAGUCAUCCACCGCGACCUCAAGUCCCACAACCUGCUGCUCAACGACGAGAUGCGGGUGAAGGUGGCGGACUUCGGCACCUCGUGCCUGGAGACGCAGUGCAAGGAGUCGAAGGGGAACAUGGGCACCUACCGGUGGAUGGCGCCGGAGAUGAUCAAGGAGAAGCCCUACACCAAGAAGGUCGAUGUCUACAGCUUCGGGAUCGUGAUGUGGGAGCUCACCACUGCUCUCGUGCCCUACCAGAGCAUGACCCCCGUGCAGGCUGCCUACGCUGCUUCAGAGAAGAAUCUGAGGCCUCCGCUGUCGACUUCAUGCUCGCCGGUGCUGAACAAUCUCAUCGAGAGGUGUUGGUCGGCGAAUCCGUCGAAGAGGCCGGACUUCAACUACGUGGUUUCCCUACUGGAGAAGUACGAUGAGUGCCUCAGGGAAGGUCUUCCGAUUCUGGUGGGCAAGGAGUUGAGGCUCGGCACUUCGCUCUUCAAGCUCGUCAAAGGCUGCAUGGCCACCACUUCGUCCAUUCCCGUUCAAGCUUGAUCAAUUCUCAAUUCUCAAUUCUCAAUUCUCAAUUCUACCUGUGUAACUGACACUGAUGUGGAAUCAUUUACAAACCAAAAUCUUGUUUCACACUCAAAAUAAAUUUUGAAAGAA